ACACACACACACAUACAGAAAUAAACGCUUGAAAUAUAUUAGUUUGUGUAGUAAAUCUAUUUAAUAUGCGAGUUUUAUUUAUUAUUAUUUUUUUAUUGAACAACUGAUAUUGUUCAAUAAAUAUUGUUCUAGUAUAUUCUAUUCAUUGAGACAGACCUAAGCCAAAGUUGAUCCGUCAGCAUUAGGUUGGACUUUCCCUUUAAGUCGCGGAUUUAUGCAACAAAGUCCCACCUGCCUUAGUUAGGCAGCCAGCACCGUGGACGGCGGACCCACGCCCCUUCCCACCCGCUGCACGGUGGAUCCAGAGCGGGCCCCGAGGGGCAGGGCACCAUCCGUUCGUAAUGACGACCAGCUAAUCCGGCAUCAUUUCCCAUCAUGUCACUGCGGCACUGACAGCUGAGGCAGGGCACCGGCAGGAUGCUGCACCAACACCGCCGCCUCCUCCUCCUCCUCCUCCUCCUCCUCCUUCUCUCUGCCUCCACAGGAACGCUGUUGUUUUGGACUCUCCUCUCGGAAACGUCCCCGGCUGAUCGCGGGUCCAACGCAGCGGCUCGUGUGGGAUGAGAGCCGCUGCAGAGGCAGAUAAAAGGCAGUGAAAUCCCUCCUUGAUCCCCACUCCACGCCUUGCAUUGUUAUCACCAUGUCUCCCCCAGCCUCGGCUGCGACAGCCAGUGAAAGCAGCACCACCACCGUCUACGAGGAGGACACCAGGGAGGAGCAAAGACCCCUCAAGCAAUCUCUGAGCAAGUCCUUAUGUCGGGAGAGCUUUUGGAAAUGCCUCCUCCUGUCUGUCCUCAUGUAUGGCUGCAUGGGGGCUAUGGUCUGGUGCCACGUCACCAAGGUGACCCGGCUCACCUUUGACAGCGCCUUCAAAGGGAAAUCCAUGAUGUACCAUGACAGUCCCUGCUCUGACGGAUACAUCUACAUCCCUCUGGCACUGCUGGGCAUGCUCUACCUGGUGUACCUCGUGGAGUGCUGGCACUGCCACGUGAAGAACGAGCUGCAGCACAAAGUGGAUGUGGAGGGCAUCUAUGAGCGCAUCCAGAGAAUGCAGCAGGCGAAGCCCUGCAUCUGGUGGAAAGCCAUCAGCUACCACUACGUGCGCCGAACACGACAGGUCACACGCUAUCGAAACGGAGAUGCUUAUACCAGCACCCAAGUGUACCAUGAGCGCGUCAACACCCACGUAGCCGAGGCUGAAUUUGACCAUGGUCACUGUGGAGUCAAAGAUGUUUCCAAACAGCUUCUGGGCCUGGAGAAGUCUCCUCUGACAAAGAUGCGGUUCACCAAGUGCUUUAGCUUUGCUAAUGUGGAGUCUGAAAACUCAUACCUGACACAGAGAGCCAGGUUUUUCACCGACAAUGAGGGCCUGGAUGACUACAUGGAAGCCAGAGAGGGUAUGCACCUGAAAAACAUCGACCUGAAGGAGUAUGUCAUGGUGCUGGCCGACCCAGAGCACCAUCCCUGGUAUCUGUCCCAGUAUGUAUUCUGGGCUGCGUCUUUCCUCACUUUCUCCUGGCCUCUCAGAGUCUUCACUGAAUACCGCACUGCAUAUGUCCAUUAUCGUGUAGAAAAGCUUUUUGGACAAGAUUACCUUCCAGUGACCCCGUGUGACGAUCGGCCAUAUUGGCGCCGCAUCCCUCGCGUCAACACCAUUGACAGCACCGAGUUGGAGUGGCACAUUCGCUCAAACCAGCAGCUGGUUCCCAGUUACUCAGAGGCCGGUCUGAUGGAUCUGGCCCAGUGUCCCAACAGCUUCAGUGGGAUCCGUCAGAACUGUGAGCGCUGCCACCGGGCCAUCAGUUGCUCCUCUGUGUUCUCCAGGAGCGCCCUCAGCAUCUGCACCGGUGCAAGCUCCCGCAUCCCCUUCAGCGGCAGCCGCUUCUCCCUGGCUCGCCGUUAUGGCUCCCAGAGAAGUUGCUUCUGGAGGAGCGGCAGCUUGGACGACCAGGAGAGUCCCAGCGAAAACACCCGCUGCCUGUCAGAACGGCUCGCCACUGACGAAGAGGAGCCCCCACACUAUGAUGACGCCCUGUGCUACCCUGUGCUCAUCGUCCACUGCAGUGAGACCUGCCACAACCACAGAUCUUUCCACAGAAAUGGCUCCUGCGUGGAGACUUCUUUAUGAUCACCCAACCACUGCAAAAAACAGUGACACCUCUGUAGCAUGCAUUCACUAUCAAUACCAGAAACACAGAGAAAAAACAAGCCAGAAACAGCGAUAAUAUCAGAAACGACUGCCUGAGUUUUGACUUUGUGAACCACCUAAGCAAUAAGAGUGGUUCACUGGUGCAGAAGAAAGAGGAAAACAAAAUCAGCUCAGCUUCCAGGGACAACCAAGGAGACAAAGACUGUUACACUGCACAUCAUCGCCAUACUUUUGGACAUCUGAACAGACCAUCCGAAACCUGAAGCUUCAGUUACCUCAUAAGGUGUUUGGGAUAAUAUCUCUCCUGUUUCCUCACAAUUUUGCAGCAAAGCAAAUGCUCCUGAAGUAAUGAGAUGGAUAAAGUCAGGGCGGAUUUCAGCAGACUUGUGAUUACAGCAAUAACAGCAAUAACACAAAAUGGGGAGAAUCGCUAAACAGAAUGUUUCUGCUCAUCACAGAUACACCGAUCAAUACAAAGAGCUCCAAAAUCAUCAGGACAGUUUAUCACUUGGUCAUAAAGCGUUUCUCGUUCUUCUAAAGUGCUGUAAGUCAUUUUGUACAUCAACAUUCUUGGUUUUCCAGGAAGCCUUUUACAUCAACAGACAAUAGACUGAAGUUUAAUUUUCGCUUCUGUUUUGUAGAAAAGACACACAUUAGUUGUUCAGUUUAACAUUACACAGACUGAUGUAUCUACCUAAUGGGAUAUCACAAUUAUUUGUGGUAUUUUGUUGUUGGUGCUACUUAGCAGCAUCUGAGGGAUGUAAUGAUGGUAGAAGGAGUGUACAACCUCUUUCAGUUCUAAUGUUUUACAUACAUUAAAAUGGUCUGGUCUUUACAAGAUUAUAAGGUUAUUUUAAUAUAACCUCAGGAGUACAAAAACACACAACAUAUUUCUUGUUGGCAGAAAAAGAAAAACUUUUCUGCCAACUUUUGUGGCAGAAAAGUUUUUCUUUUCUGUCACAAAAGGAAAACUUGUGUGGCAGAAAUUAAACAUGAACCAACAGUUUCAAAAUUUUUUAAUCAACUUUAAUAUUGUUGAGGAAAUGUAGCCAACUCUUCUUGAUGAUGCAGCUUCAGGUCAUUGGGAUUUGUAGAUACAGUGCCGUUUUCUUUAGACCCCAAAUCAUCACCGUUUCACCCAGUAAUCUAGAAUCCAGUAAUGACCACCAGAUCAUUUUGAAAUUAAAUCUCAUGUUAAACCUUAGAACUGAAGAGCAUUUUGUUAUUGAGCAGCUAAAUCCAAUCAGACAGAUUCCACCUCUACCUUCAUGAUCACCCAUGUUCAAACAAAAACAUGCAUAGUCUGAAUAUUUUUGUCUUAUAUAUAACUUCUGCUGCCUACUGCCACGACAGAAGCUGACAACUUGUGCUACAAACCAAUCAGAUGGACAAAAAAAGACCUUUAGAACAUUUGAACAGAUGGGUGUUAAAUGUAAACAUGGAGUGGAAAGAUGGAAGCCACGUCUUACUUUGCAUGUUUUCCUACUCCUGAGACACUGUGUUAACAACCAUAAAACAUUCAUGAAUGUAUACCACCAGCAUCAUUAAUUGUAUGUCCAUUGUGUGUCCAUUGUAAAUGAAUGAUGCUUCAUUUCAACCUGUGAAAUGGGAAUUUUUACACUCUAAUGUGACAGGAGAACUCAAAAAAAGGACUAUUACAGUUCUGAAGAAGACUUUGACUUCUGCCGUUUAAUUUUUCUGGAAUGUCUUUUCCGUGGGUUUUACAGACUGUUUAUGCAAAAACAUCAAUGCACUUACAUUAAGACAUGCAAAAAUAAACCAAUAUUACAAUAAGGACUUUUCAAAGCAUCUUACAGAAAGGUAUUGUAUGCAUUCUAGGACAUGACAUCUUGUUCUUUCAUUGUUUUCAACGUAGUGACAUCAGUAUUAUGCACAUGAGACAACUAGACAUUAUAACCCAUAGUGGAGCUGAAUGUUGAUGUAAAUUAUUUACACUAAAUGAAAUAAAUAUUUUAAAUUGGCAUUGUUAAUAUUAUAAAAUGGGUUGUAUUAAUAACAAAGUUACUCUUUACAACAUGUAUUGAAAUUUGAAAUAUGCUGGAAAAAUUAAAAAUGCAAUAAAUGUCUGGGUCUCUCCUGUUGUGUGGAUAAAAA